GGGAAAAGCCGACUCCAGGGUGAGCAAGGAGCCCCACUAGGGGCUGGAUCUUAAGGCCCUGAGACUAUGACCUGAGUCGAAGGCAGACUCUUAACCGAAAGAGCCACCUAGGCGCCCCCUGUAUUUUUCAUACUAGAUAAUAUUUUUGCAGUUACUGAGAGUUCUUCGUUACAAUAAAUGCAGCAAACAAAAUGGUUUGGUUAGGGCCAACUCACUGCGAGGUGGGAGGGGACUGCUGCAGUUCCAAUUGGGACCGGUAGGUGGCGAGAACAAAGACGAAGGGCAGCCGCGCUGGGACGUGCGCGACGGGGCGGAGCCUCGGACUGCGUUUAGGGGCGGGGCCUGCAUCCAGUCCUCCGGAGUCCUGAACAGUCCGCGGAAGUACCAAUGGCCCGACCGCGCGUGCGGCUGGUAAUCACCGCAGAUGACUUUGGUUACUGCCCGCGGCGCGAUGAGGGCAUCGUAGAGGCCUUUCUGGCAGGGGCUGUGACCAGCGUGUCCCUGCUGGUCAACGGGGUAGCCGCAGAGAGCGCGGCGGAGCUAGCUGGCAGGCAUCAAAUCCCCACGGGCCUCCACGCAAACCUGUCCGAAGGCCGCCCCGUGGGCCCGGCCCGCCACGGCGCCUCGUCGCUGCUCAGCCCCGAAGGCUUCUUCCUCGGCAAGAUGGGAUUUCGCGAGGCAGUGGCGGCCGGAGACAUAGCCUUGCCCCAGGUGCGGGAAGAGCUGGAGGCCCAGCUGAUACGCUUCCGGGAAUUACUGGGCGGGGAACCCACUCACGUGGACGGGCACCAGCACGUACACGUGCUCCCAGGCGUGUGCCAGGUGUUCGCAGAGACGCUGCAGGCCAACGGGGUGCGCUUCACACGGUUGCCGGUGGAGCGCGGGGUGGGCGGCUGCGCGUGGCUCGAGGCCCCCGCACAUGCCUUUGCUUGUGCUGUGGAGCGCGACGCCCGGGCCGCCGUGGGCCCCUUCUCUCGCUACGGCCUACGGGGCAGAUCUAAGGAAGUCCUGCAAGCCUAUUCAAAUUUUUCCAGGAGGAACAGUCUUCUGCAGAAAUGGGACCCAGGACUCCUCACCAGACCUGGUGAUGUGUGUGUGCCCUGUCACUGCGGCUCAUGUGUCUUGGAUCAAGGAGAUGCAGGAAGUUCUUGGGAGCACAGAGCCCUGCCCCACUCUGGCGUGUGGAAAGGCAGAUUGAACAAUGAUUUAGUAUCUCCAUCUUAACAGACCGAGAAGUAGAAAUGGCAGAGGAGGGCUUUAAAGCUACCUGUUCAUUUAUUCACCAUGCACCGUGUCAGGCAAGGGGUCAGGCGACCAGAGAGCUCUCUCAGCCUAGGCAGCCCCGAGGGAUAUACAGCUUUCUGAAGGGGUUAAGGGUGGGAUCUUGCUUCUCUUUCAUGCUGCCCCCAUCCUACACCUCUAUCCCCUUUACUGUGACUUCGGCCCACUCUUUUGUGGCUCCAUCUUUCACACCAACCUUCCCUUGACCAUGGUUCUUUCAGCAUCAGGCUCUUUCCUCCUACCUUUCCUCCAUGGCCGUAAACUGGAAUCACUUAGUUCCUCCUAGUGCCAUGCCCUCACCUCCUUGCCUCAGCCCAGUAGGGUCUGGCCACACUCCUGCAGGCUGCUGGCUGGAGCGGGUAGAGGGGUGGUGGGAAGGCAGCCU